CGCGCGCGGGCACUAUAGCGUCGACGACGUCAACGCGUGCACUGUUCGUUGGUAGUCUCUCUCGCGCGCGCGGGGUGGAGGAAACCGUGCUAUACACAAUAUAGCCGCCGCCGACGAGGACGACGACGACGACGACUCGGCCGUACCAGUGUGUUCGAAAUAAAACAUAUAUAUAUAUAACACGAUAAAUACUGUUAUCAAUUGCCGCCACCGCCGACUGUUACUACAUUUUACCACUUCUACUACAACAACAACACUGCUAUUUAGUAUUUUUAUUAUAGUAAUAAUAAUAUAUAUUUAUUAUUAUCGUCGUUCGUUUUUAAAUAUUAUUACUAUUACUAGAAAUUAUCAUCAUCGUCAUCACCUUCGUCAUAGGACGUGUAUAUAGGCAACCGCGUUACUCGUAAUCGUAGUAGUAGUAGUAGUAGUAGUAGUGGUAGUAGUAGUAGUAGUAGUAAGUAGGCUGCUGGCAGACAGGUAGGUAGGUAGGUGCACACGUCUUUUCUCGAACGCGUUGUACCUGCCGCCGCUAGUCGUGCCGCCGUCGCCGUCGACGCGUAUCUCGAGCAAUAGGCUAUUGGUAACCGAGACCGCCGAUUUGCCGUCUUCGUUACACUCUCGUUGCGUCUUGUUCGGUGUGCCGUGUCUUGUGAUAACGACUGUAAAAAAUUAAUACAAAUUUAAUACUCCGAUACGUAUUUUUACCGUUGUCGUUAUGUCUUACGUGUGCGUCCGUUUGGAAUAGUUGUUAGGCGUGUACGGGCGAAAAAUAAAAAAUUAUUUUGAACCGCGGGAAGUGGUGGUGAGCGAAGCGAGGAAAAAAAAUCAACACGCAAACCGGAAGAUUUUGUCGGGUCGCGCGCGCAUACAUACUCACACGCACACGUACAACUCGCGCGCGCACACGCUCACACACGUAAUAAUAUAAUAUUAUUUAUUAUUAUUAUUAUUAUUAUUAUUAUUACAAUAAGUACGCGGACGGUUUUUACACACACGCACAGACAUUGGCGACGCGCGGACACGAAGACGUCAAAAACGGUUAACGGUGUCAUUGAUGGGAAGUGGUGGACGUCAGCCCGGGCAUCCGGAAAUCAGCCAAACUGGAACUGAUGGAAUUAGAAAACAUUGUUGCCAAUACCGUGUACCUCAAAGCAAGAGAAGGUGGUACAGAUAGCAAUAAAGGGAAGAGUAAAAAAUGGAAAAAAAUCCUGCAAUUCCCACAUAUAUCUCAGUGUGUUGAUUUUAAACCACUAAUAGAUAUGAAAUACAGCUAUGUUAUAGAUCAACAGCCAAUUGGCCGGUUACUUUUUCUUCAAUUUUGUGAAGAAGAACGACAAGAAUUUCAUCGUUACAAUGUAUUUUUAGAUUCUAUUGAAAAAUAUGAAAUAGAAUCUGAUGAAAAUAGAUUAGAACUAGCAAAAAUACUUUAUGAUAGAUAUAUAAGAAGAGACGCAGUUAAUGCUGUGGACGUACUAAGUGAAGAUAUGAUAGUUAGAUGUCGGCACCAGUUAGACUCUGCUCAUAGAGAGUUAUUUACUGAUUGCUCAACUGCCGUGAAAUCAUUCUUAGCUGGUCGUCCGUUUAGUUUAUUUGAAUCUUCAAUGUAUUUCCAUAGGUUUUUACAAUGGAAGUGGUUAGAAAGGCAAACUGUUACAUAUAAAACAUUCCGCAUGUAUAGAGUACUUGGUAAAGGUGGCUUUGGAGAAGUUUGUGCAUGUCAAGUUAGAGCAACUGGCAAGAUGUAUGCUUGUAAAAAAUUGGAAAAAAAACGUAUUAAAAAACGAAAAGGUGAAGCAAUGGUUUUAAUUGAAAAACAAAUCUUACAAAAAAUUAAUUCUAAAUUUGUGGUUAGUUUAGCAUAUGCUUAUGAGACUAAAGAUGCACUGUGUUUGGUGUUAACUAUUAUGAAUGGUGGAGAUUUAAAAUUUCAUAUUUAUAACAUGGGUUCAGAACCUGGUUUUGAUAUUGCAAGGGCACGAUUCUAUGCCGCUGAGGUAUUAUGUGGAUUAGAACAUUUACAUGUCCAAGGCAUAGUAUACAGGGAUUGUAAACCUGAAAAUAUACUCUUAGAUGAUGCAGGUCAUGUUCGUAUAUCUGACCUAGGCUUAGCAAUGGAAAUACCUGAAGGUGAAUCAGUCAGAGGAAGAGUAGGCACUGUUGGUUAUAUGGCACCAGAAGUAAUUGAUAAUGAAAAGUAUACAUAUAGUACAGAUUGGUUUAGCUUUGGAUGUUUAGUAUUUGAAAUGAUUGAAGGUCAAGCUCCAUUUAGAGCUCGAAAAGAAAAAGUUAAACGUGAAGUAGUUGAUCGGAGAGUAAAAGAGGAACAAGAAAAAUACUCUCAUAAAUUUACUGAAGAAGCUAAAUUACUUUGUAAACAGCUAUUGAAAAAGUCUCCAAAGUCAAGACUUGGUUGUCAUUACGGUCGUUAUGGUGCAAGGGAAGUAAAACAGCAUGAAUUUUUUAAGACCAUUAACUGGAAAAGACUUGAAGCUGGUGUAGAAGAUCCUCCAUUUCUUCCAGAUCCUCAUGCUGUGUAUGCCAAGGAUGUAUUAGAUAUAGAGCAAUUUUCCACUGUUAAGGGAGUAAAUUUAGAUGCCACAGAUGAUACAUUUUAUACAAAAUUCAACACAGGCUCAGUGUCUAUACCGUGGCAAAAUGAAAUGAUUGAAACUGGUUGCUAUAAAGAACUUAAUGUAUUUGGGCCAAAUAAAACAAGAUCACCUGAUUUAAUUUUAGAUUUAAUGCCAGAACCUGAAAAGACUGGUUGUUUUCCAUUUAGUAGAAGAAAAACACAAUCAGCUAGAUCAAAGCCAGUUCCUAUUAAGGAUCAAUGUUUUCUUAAUAAACAAAAUAAAAUUGCCGACGAAAUCUCAAGUUGAUGGAAUAUCACAUCUUAGAGUUUAGAGUCUAGGUGAUUUAAUACAUUACCACUGAUCCUACAAUCCUUUAAUUUUUUCCCCCUUAAAAUCCAUAAAUUGACAAAAUCUGUUUAAAUAUAUUUGUAAUAAUUCAUUUUUAUUUUCUUACAAAACUUUAAAUUAAAAAAUAAUUAAUCAAAGAUGUAAGACAAAAGAAAAGAAAAACAAUGAAACAUGAAUAUUUGCAAUAAUAAACAAGGUUAAAAGUUUUUUUUGUACCCUUUUAAUCUAGUACAUUCAAUCAUCAUUGUUUUUGUUUUCUUUAGUGGUGUCUAUAAAACAAUAUCUAUUGAAAUGUUUUAGUCAGCAAGCUAAAUCUCAUUACGAUUUGUCAUACACAAAAUCUCCAUGUUGGAAUUUGUUUAAUGAUUUUUUUUUUUACAUGUCUUAUUAUAUGUUGUUUUAUGUUUUAUUAUUAUUAUUAUUAUUAUUAUCAUUAUUGCAUGGCAAUUUGUAAUUUUGAUGGAUUUACUGACUAGUACAUUGAUGAUAAAAUUAGUAUUUUGAAAAUGUAUAACAUAAUUACUUAGGCUGUUGAUAAAGUGAUAUUGUUAAUUGAUUUUAUUUUUAAAUUUUUAAUUAACUAUAAUUUUAAACAUUGUUUAAUCAGACUAAAACGCAUAAAUAUGGCUGAAAUGUGGCCACUCAAAUUUUAACCUACUUAAAAUGCUACAAAAUGUCGAUUUCUUUGUCUUCCCAUUUGGUUUUAAAUUAUAUUAUUAAUUAUUAAAUUUUAAACCAUGAUACUUUUACUGUUAACAAUCGAUAUAUAAAGUACAAAUUGGAAGAAAACAUUUUUCUAGCUACCAUGUAUAAAGUUUACUUAACAUUAAGGUUUUCUUUGAAUGGUCAAAAUAAUAAGUUAAUGUACACAUAUUUCGUUAUUCUGUAUAGUUACUUUUUUUAGUCUUCCAUAAAUAAUUGAUUGCAACUUAAAAAUAAAAUUAAUUUGUUUUAAAUCUAAGUUUGAAUAUUAUAGCAAUUAUGAAACUUUUAAUUAUUACAUGUUUAAGAUUAAAAAAAUCGCGUGUAGCAACAAAAACAAUCGCAAUAAAUAUAAAGACGAAUAUACCUCUAACAGGCAGCUGAUUUAGUUAGUGUUUUGCUGACUCUUGCCACUUUAUAUAUAUAUAUAUAUAUAUAUAAUAUUGAAACAAAAAACUUGCCCAAACAUAAGUAAUAACAAUUACCUAACCUUUUAAAUUUAUCUAGUUAAUUUUUAAUAUUUAAAUAAUAGAUGUCUAAGUAAUAUAAUAUUAUAAACAUAAAUACUAAAUAGUAUCUAUAGAUUCUAUAGAAAUUAUAUAUAUUCAAAUAAGGCAGCCUAAAAAUGGUUUGCAUUAUUUUUUUUGUGCAAAUAUAUUAAUUAUUAUUAAAUUAUCUAUAUGUAGGUACACAUAAUAUAUAUAUUAUAUAUAUAUACAUUUAUAUACGUCAUGUAUGUAUAUAAAAAUCAAUUUUGAAUGACUGAAGUAGUUACUGCUUGUAUAGCGUUUAUAUAACAUUUUAUACAAUUUAUUUUCUACAUAAAAGAAAAAAAAAUUUAUAAAAAUAAAGGUCCUAGUCCUCAUAACAAUUACUAUAUAAUUUUUUUUUUUUUCAUGACUAUAAAGCUGUGAUGCGAAAACUAUUCAUUACAAACUGUAUUAGUUUAUUAUUAUUUAUUAAUUUUAUUUAUUUGUUGUCUACAUAAUUUUAAUUGUACAAUAUAUAAUAUUAUAAAAAAAUAGUACAUUGUUUGUUAAAAUUAUUUUCCAAUUUAAAUUCUAGUACUUUAUAAAAUUCAACAAUAUAUUCGCUUAAAAUUUGUAAUUUUUUUUUCAAUAUAGACGUGUAUAAAAGCAUUAAUGUGAGUAUUUAUUAUUAUUAAUUUUUUUUAGUAUUUGAACAAAUAUAAUAUGAUAGUAGAAAUAUUUAAAUUAUUAUUCAAAUAUGUUUCUGAUAAAACAAUUUGAAUAAUUUAAAAUAACUGUUAAAUUAAGUUUAAAUACCUAUAUUCAAAUAAUAUAAACUUUUGUGAAAAUGUCAUUAAUUAUAAUAUAAGUGUUUUAUGAGA